AUGCCUUCCCAGAGCGCGACGAACGGAGAGGCCAACGGCCUCGUGGGCGAGGUGCGGUGCAUCCCCCUUUCGUACGAGAACAAGAACUGCGACCCCUCGGCCCGCGAACUCAUCCUCGCCCUACGACCCGAGUGGUCGAGUCCCGACUCCAAGCUCGAGUUCGUACGGUUCACAGAAGGCAUCACGAACACGCUGCUGAAAGCGGUCAACCGGAAAGAGGGCCUGACAAAGGAGGAGAUCGACAACGACGCCAUCCUGCUGCGGGCCUACGGCCACGGCACCGACGUCCUGAUCGACCGGCACCGCGAGACUCAGAACCACGAGCUCCUGACCAAGUACGGCCUGGCGCCGGAACUGCUGGCGCGCUUCAACAAUGGCAUGAUGUACCGCUACAUCCGCGGUCGCGUGACCCAGCCCGCCGACCUGCGCACCCUCCCUGUGUACCGGGCCGUGGCGCGGCGGCUGGCCCAAUGGCAUGCGCGCGUGCCCUGCAUACACGAAACGUACGCCGAGAAGAGCGGCCUCAACGGCAUCACUAACGGUCCCCACGAUGCCGCCGCCACCGACCACGUUGCGCCGGGCAAGCCGCCGCCCAACGUCUGGACCGUCAUGCAGAAGUGGAUCCUGGCCCUGCCGGCCAAGACCGACGCCGAGAGGACGAGGCAGGCCGACCUGCAAAAGGAGCUCGAGAGGCUGGUCGGAGAGCUGAGCCAACGGCCGGGGCUUGGCGAGAACGGCCUCGUCUUCGCACACUGUGACCUUCUCAGUGGGAACGUAAUCAUCGAGCCGAAGGGCCCCGGGACCACUGCCGUCGACGGCGGUGGCGGCGGAGGUGUCACGGAUGGCGACAACGAGGAGCUCUCGGUCAGCUUCAUCGACUACGAGUACGCAACCCCCUCGCCUGCAGCGUUCGACCUGGCGAACCACUUCGCAGAAUGGGGUGGCUUCGACUGCGACUACAACGUGCUGCCGACGCGGGCGCAGCGGCUCGAGUUCAUCGAAGCGUACAUCCGCACCUACUACGGCCUCCUACCAGACGCAAAAGUGGACUUGGAGGCGGAGGUACAAAGGCUGCACGCCGAGGUCGACGUGUUCCGGGGCGUGCCCGGCUUCUACUGGGGCAUAUGGGCGCUGAUCCAGGCGACCAUCUCGCAGAUCGAAUUCGACUAUGCGAAGUACGCUGAGGUGCGCCUGGGCGAGUACUGGGCCUGGAGGGACGAGGUGAAUGAUACGCGUGCGUUGGCGGGGAGGGAGAUGCCGCUGCGGGAGAAGCGGUGGGCGAAGGCGGAGUGA